CAGAAGGGCGGUGCUAGGCCAGAUAGACCGUGAGGUAUCAGGAGAAUCGUUACCGGGGUUCCCGCUUCAACAGUGAUUGGACGGAACCCGAUACCACAAACAGCCGGAACCAUGAGCUCCCAAAUCCGACAGAACUACCACCAGGACUGCGAGGCCGCCAUCAACCGCCAGAUCAACCUGGAGCUCUAUGCGUCCUAUGUGUACCUCUCCAUGUCCUAUUACUUCGACCGCGAUGAUGUGGCACUGAAAAAUUUCUCAAAGUACUUCCUGCACCAGUCCCACGAAGAGCGAGAGCAUGCAGAGAAACUGAUGAAACUACAAAACCAGCGCGGUGGGCGUAUAUUCCUGCAGGAUGUGCGGAAACCAGACCGUGAUGAAUGGGGAAAUGGUCUAGAAGCUCUAGAGUGUGCCCUUCAAUUGGAGAAGAAUGUUAACCAGUCACUGUUGGAGCUACACAAACUAUCCACAGAUCGCAAUGACCCCCAUCUCUGUGACUUCCUGGAGACUCACUACCUGGAUGAGCAGGUGAAAUCCAUGAAAGAACUGGGAGAUCAUGUGACCAACCUACGCAGACUGGGGGCUCCUACAAAUGGCAUGGCAGAGUACCUCUUUGAUAAACACACACUGGGGGAAAGUCAUGACUGAAGGCCAAUAUCUUGUUCUCUGCAUGCUCAACUUUAAAAUGUCUGUAUAAUAUUUGAGAUCACUUACUCCUUCUCCUAUUUUGGCACAAAUAAA